CGGGGCGAAGACAUGUUAUUUUUAGUCUAUUUAUCUGUUAUUGCGAUAUUAACUGAAGCAUGCGACCAACCAAUGUGUUCGCUACAGAAUUUUGCUGAUGCACUGUGCAACGUAAAGACGAAAGAAGCAAAUGACGUUGAAUAUAAGUUAUGUAGCGAUGGCGUAAAAAUUCAACACUACAGUUUGACUGGAUCUAUGCCUCAACAUUCAUACACAAAUGGAACAUUUCUAAUACAUGUCACAAAAGGCGAAAGAAGACACAAAUACAGAGCGCUCAUGAUAGAAGUCAAGCAAAAAGGACAAAGCAAAUUAAGACAUUAUAUCCACAUACAAAAGAGGAAGGGAAUGUUGAAAGACUUCAUUAAAGUGAAUCUGUCUUGUUUGUCAAUAUCCACACGAAUUACGUCUGUCAGAAUUGCGGGCGAAUUGAAUCAUUUGAAGAGGAAUAAUUGUAAGCCAAAGUACAGGAGAUUUCAACACCUAUCUCUAGAUCUAAAUCAGAAUGAAGGAACAACCAUUUUACCUCAUUCCAAAAUGCAACAAAGGCAUGGUACUACAAACAGAAUGAAGAGAAGCAAACAUGAGGGAAUAAAGAAUGAAAAUUGCAUUGUGGAUGUAAAAAAUAGAACUGUUAAAUUUUACUGGAAAAAACAAGAAAAUGCAAAGAUCAUAUGGUGUGGCAUCAUAAGUUCUAGAAUAAUAAUGAUAGAAGGAAAUGUGUCUGAACGUGAUGGGAUAAUUUAUUGCAUCACAAAAUAUACGAUCACAGAAAACUAUUCCACCAGGAUCUAUUAUAGACAGAAUGGUCACAUGUACAACGCUAGUCCAUGCCAGUUUUCAACAGAGAUCCUAGAAUUUAAAACGGAAGACCAUUGGACCACAAAGUAUACGGAGAUUAGUUCUAGUGCUUCACUUGACUACAGUCUUACAGCUCCGCUUCUGUCAGAGGAAGACCUUUGGACCACAAAGUAUACGAAGAUUAGUUCUAGUGCUUCAUUUGACUACAGUCAUACAGCUCCGCCUCUGUCAGCAAGUCCUGAAAUUGCGGCUCUUACCGAAAGAAAUAACGAUUCCACGGAUGUCAUCUUGAUAACUGUUCUAGCAUUUCUAAUACUUGGAGUAGCUCUUUUACUGUUAGCCAUAGUUUUCCUCAUUCGUAGAAGGAAAAAGCUUCAGAGAAUCCCAGAACCGUAUCCAUACGAGAGAACAGACAUGGCAGAAUCGUCUGAAGCAACAGCCAUGAUAAUAACUAUUGACGAAUACAGCAGAGACAUUUCCCAGCUGACUAGUCUACUGCAAAGUCGGAAAAUAAAGGUUGUAACUGCAGAGUCCUCCUCUCUGGAAAAUUUGAAGAGCUGUCACGACUGGUUGGAGAAAACAGUGUCCAAAAGCAACCAUUACAUCUUUAUCGUAAACAAACAAAUGGAUGAAAUAUUGUUCAAAGCAAAAUUUAAUGAACCACUGAAAGAAAAGACGGAAAUUUCAAGUAAUUGGUCGACAGAGUAUGAGGGUGGGGCAUGCGCAUAUACGAUAGUUCUGAUUAGAAAUGAAUUCAUUAGAAGCUUGACCAAUUCCGGAAGUUCACGCAAAUCUUGUCAUCUUGUGAGUUUUGAGGAAGAUGAUGAAAUGAUCGUAUCAGAUCUGAAGCACAAAUUCAGUUUAUUUCAGUGCAUCAAGACACACUGCUACAACCUGUACUCUAACAAGCAAUUCAAAUAUAAUGCAGCAUGCCGUAUAAUAAACAAUAUCAAGAAAACAGAAAAAUCGAGAGACUGCAAGGCUGCUCAUCAAAUCUCAUCGGACAAUCAUAAGCAGACAGUAAAUGACUUGGAUAUCGAAAGUGCCUUUUUAUCUGUAAAUAUUUCUUCAAAGCAUUGCUUCAUUCCUCUAUCCACGACUGAUGACACGGAUUCAGAAUCAGAUCUUGAUAUCACAAGUGAUUUGUUGGAAAAAUAG